AUGCCGCGGAGCCCAGGCGACAGUGACAGUCAACAUAAGCCGGCAAAGAGAAAGAGGAACCGAGCGGUCUCAACUUUGACGCCCGCGCAGCUCGAGAGGAAGAGAGCCAACGACCGCGAGACGCAGAGGGCGAUCCGGGCGAGGACGAGGGACUACAUCACCUAUCUCGAGCAGGAGGUCGAGAAGCUCAAGAUCCAGGAGGCGUGUAGCAAGACACGCGACGACGCCGCGACGGUGCAGCAGCUGGUCCAGAAGAACAAGGCCUUGCAGGAGGAGAUCGCCCGGUUACGACAGGAGCUCUGCUCGGCGAGCGUGACGCCGACGACGCUCGCGUUUCCGCCGCAGUCGGUCGAGCAUGCCUCAGUAGCGGUGGCGAGCGUCGGCGGCUCACCCCUGAGCGCCUUUACCAGCAACGGCCCUGACUGGGAGGACGGCCUCGUGGCUCGGCCAGGGAGCGUCCCCACGUGGGGUCCCAUGCAUGCCUCGCUGUCUUCAUGUUCGCUGGCACCACCACCGCCGGCCCCGUCGACGGCUGCCCCCAGCAAUAGAAGCGGAGGCGGCGGGGGAGGAGUAGGAGGAGGAGGAGGAGGAGGACAUGGAGUGGGCGGCGGCAGCAGUGGCCUCGGCGUCCAGCAGGCCGGGCCGAGCCGUCAGUACGUCAGCCUGCCUACCUGCAGCAACUGCAACCGGUGUGUUUCGGGUGUGCAAGUCCUCCAAGCUCCCGUGACCGCCUCGCUCCAUGUCGGCACGGGCCCCUUUCCACCAGCGGAGACUGUCAUCUGCGAGGACUGCCUGCACGUUCUUCACAACCAAGGGGGACUAGGGUCUUUUAAUGUCGUUAGGCGGGGUAUCUGA